AUGAAUAAAUUUUAUAUUAAAAUUUUUUUUUUUCUUAUAAGCAUCUUCGUAUAUGUGGACAAUAAAUCCUUUGCAACUGCGCGUGAUUUACGCGAUGAUUCUUUAGAGCAUGCUUUAAAGAUAGACAAAUUUAUGAAAAAUAAUAAUCUUAUAACGGAAUCGUAUCCAGAUAUAGAUGUUCUAAUCAAAUCAAAUAUAGCCCCAAUUGACUUGAUAAAAACUGUCAAAAAUAAUGUUACCCCAGACAAAGAAUAUUUAGAUAAUCUUAUUCCAGACAAAGAAUAUUUAGAUAAUCUUAUUCCAGACAAAGAAUAUUUAGAUAAUCUUAUUCCAGACAAAGAAUAUUUAGAUAAUCUUAUUCCAGACAAAGAAUAUUUAGAUAAUCUUAUUCCAGACAAAGAAUAUCUAGAUAAUCUUAUUCCAGACAAAGAAUAUUUAGAUAAUCUUAUUCCAGACAAAGAAUAUUUAGAUAAUCUUAUUCCAGACAAAGAAUAUCUAGAUAAUCUUAUUCCAGACAAAGAAUAUUUAGAUAAUCUUAUUCCAAAUAAAGAUGCUCAAGAGUUUGAAAAUCAUGAAAAUCGAGACUUACUAUCGUGUACUGAUUAUGAAGAAGCUAAAAAAGCAUCAGAAAUUAUGUGCGAUUGUAAUCAAAUAGUAAAAAUGUUAUAUGAACCCAAGGAUUUAUAUGGUUUCGGUUCCAAUGAUAGUAAAGUUUUAUUUAUACCAAGAAUUGUCCUCAAACACAAUUCAAAUUUGGUACUGAUACAAAAAUAUAGCGUCACACCAUUCCAUAAAUAUAAUUUUGGGUUAUUUACAAUAGCUGAAGAAUCGAAUACAACAUUUUUUGCCAAUACAUCGAUAAAUAUAAAUGACGAAACCAGUGCCAAUAAAAAAAAGGGCAAAAAAGGUGUAAACUUUCUCAAUGAUCAUAUUGAUUUUGACGAUAUUAUUAGACAGAUAGUAUUAAAAAAUAUGUUUGCUAAUUUUUUCGGAUUUAUUAUCACAAAAGAAUACGAUCACGUUGGUGUUACCUAUGUCGAAUCCAACCGACAUGAUAAAUCCUAUCCAAAAAAUUAUGAUAAGAUAAAACGUAGAGCACAAAAUAUGUUAAAUUUAAUGUACAUAUUGCUAUAUGGAUUUAAAGGUUAA